ACGCUUAGCGGAAGGGUAGUAGAUGGCGCCAGCUGCUGAUAGGUGCCAGCCAUCUAAGUGAGAGAUUUUUUGUCCCUCCCGCUUCAGUUAUCCCAAUCUGAGUUCCUAUUGGAGGACUAGCGAGAGGCACACGUUCUGUAACAGAUAAUCUCCCCUCCUCUGACCUAUUCCCAAGGGGGGAGUAGUUUAGUACGACGACACUUGGUGCGGUCACAAUGUCCCGGACAAACAUGGACCCGUUAAACACUCUUACCCGUAACUGCUAGUGUCGAUUCGGACUUACACCUAUUAGACUUACACCUAUGGUGGUGACAGAGACUCAUUUACGGGCAAUGGACACAGGAUUCAGUCCUACACUCAGUGCCGGACCUACGGCACCGCUUUCGUCUCGUGCUAAAGAUUUCUCCAUCGAUGCCCUGAUGGCAACUUCUCAUCCCAAUAGCGAAGACAGUAGCGAUACUGUCUCCGAUCGGGACAGUCCCUUGAUGAUCGAGCCCUGUAGUCCCACCGAUACACAAUUAACUGUGGUUAAUGACGUGCCGGAAGAUAAUCAUAAAGAUUGUGAAGACGAGGAGACGAGUGGAAGAAAUCUUUCGAGCAACGAUCAAGAUGAAGAAACGAAAACUAAAGAAAAAGCUAAAAUUAAUCCGAUGUUGUUAAGUAGAUGUAACUGUGAUGAAUUGAAUCGGAUAGACGGACAACUCGAAACUAAAGAUCUUUGGGAAAAGUUUCAUAAUCUGGGAACUGAGAUGAUCAUCACUAAAACUGGAAGGAGGAUGUUUCCGACGUUACGAAUUUCAUUCACCGGUACGGAUCCUAAAUUAAAGUAUGCAGUGUUACUGGAUAUAGUUCCUGUAGAUAAUAAGAGGUAUCGUUACGCUUAUCACCGAUCAGCGUGGCUCGUAGCUGGUAAAGCUGAUCCACCUUCUCCACCUCGUCUCUACGUCCAUCCCGAUUCACCUUUCACAGGGGACCAGCUAAAGAAGCAAGUGGUGUCUUUCGAAAAAGUUAAACUUACCAAUAACGAAAUGGAUAAACAAGGACACAUUGUUCUUAACUCCAUGCAUAAAUAUCAACCGAGGAUUCAUCUGGUUCAAUUGAAGAAUGAUUCUAAUCAAUGUCCCGUUAUUAAUGAUCUGGAAACUGAAUUUUUUCGUACGUACAUCUUUCCUGAAACAGUAUUCACGGCCGUGACUGCUUAUCAGAAUCAAUUGAUUACUAAAUUGAAGAUCGAUAGCAAUCCUUUUGCUAAAGGAUUCCGUGAUUCUUCCAGACUUACAGAUCUCGAAAGAGAAUCCGUAGAAGCACUUCUACGAGAGCAUACAUAUCGCUAUUUACCGUUCCGAACCCUGAUGACCGGAGACGUCACCACAGAUCAACAAGCCAUUGCAGGGGCCGCAGCCUUAGGAGGUGUUCCUCUACACAACGAUCUCCUCUUAAUGGCGGGCCAAGCCAAUGCGGGAACACCUUGGAAGUUCCCUUCGGUGCCUCUAAGUGUAGCCGAAAUUUCUUCACUCAUGGUCAGUCACCAACAAGCGGUGGCCAGUUUCGCAGGCUUGUACUUCGGACUACCCAGGACACUUUUCCCCCAAUUCUCCGUGGCGGGAAGUAACACCACCUCCUGCACUCCCACAACCUCCACCUCGACCAGCGAACCUCAAUUAACUUCUCGAAACCUCAGCGGUCCGUCGAUAGUACCGGCAUCGGGUAGUAACGGUGGUAUGUGUCUACCUAAUACACCCUACUCUUCUCGAUUCCAGUUAUAUCCGGGUGUCAAAUACCAUCCCUACUUUCAUCCUCGCCUACUUCAGGCAUCCGCAGCAUCCAAAUCCAGUUUAGAAUCCGUGGAUUGUGCAACAAUGGAAAACGCGCCAACACCGAAAGUGUAACUGUGCACACCCCCCAAAACCGUGUAUAGGGCAAUCUGCACCACCCAACACGUCACAGAGGAGGAAGAAACAAGAAAAAUAAAGGAGAAGAAGAGCACCUGCAAUGCACCAUCGUGGCAUAGGAACAGUUUGGGAGCCUCUCAGAUCCGCUCUCGAGAGGGGGGUGACAGUUGUGAAUGUACAAAAUAAUAAAGGACACGUGGUUUACAGUUUAUAAGAACAAAUUGGACGUUCGUUUAACUGUGAUUUUUAUUCUCGGAUCUGAAAAUAGUGUGUUUCAUCCACAAAUCUGACAUGUAUACGCCCCAAAUUAUUUUGGGAGUUUAAAUUCUGACUCGAUAUGUGUGUGUUUUCGUACCGUAUUUCCACACGUGGUAUGUUUUAUUUAUAAUAUAGCAUUUAAUGCUGAUUCAUUAUUAUAAAAGAAACAAAUCAAAUCGUUAAUAUUUACUGUUUAAAAAAAAUUACCACACGAAGGUUGUAACGGUUUAUUUUUUUCUUUCUUAUUCUUUCUUUUAAUCAUUGUUAAUUCGUAUAGAAUUUAACGAAGUUUCCACUUAUCAUGUGUGUAGUUUCCAUUGACUUGGACCAUUUUUUUCGGUCGGAAAUAUGAAAAAAACACACUUUACCUCAUUUGUAUAUUUAAAUUAUUGGGGUAUUUUUCUGUUUGUUUGUUUAAAAAAAAAGAAAAAAAAAUUGAUAAUAAUAAUAAGUAAA